AUGGAUUACCAACCGUUCAAUAGCCAGCAUGCCUCGUUUGGCGGCCCGUUCUCCACCCUGCCAGGCACACCCGCUCACCUCGCCCAGCCCACGCAUUCCCCGCAACAGCAACAGCAGUACGGUGACCCACACGGCCGGUUCUUGCAAUCAACUCCAUCACCGUUUCCCUACGGCCAGCAGCAGUUCCCGAACAAUGGCCAGCCAGGUGGUGGAUACCCAAACAUGGGUGGUGGAGUCGCGCCCAAUGGUGGCUUGAUGCAGCCUGGAGGAGGAGGCAUGCAGCACAACCAGCUUCACCAAGCCAGAGUUCUUCAACAGCAACAGCAACAUCAGCAGCAGCAGCAACAGCAACAACAUCAACAACACCAGCAGCAGCAGCAACACCAGCAGCAGCAGCAGCAGCAGCAACAACAACACCAGCAACAACAGCAACAACACCAGCAACACCAGCAACAUCAGCAACAUCAGCAACACCCAUCGUUGUCCUCCCCGAGCCCCUACUCGUCAGCGCCCUAUUCACAAGCCAUCCCCUCGCCAGCAAACCCCCAGUUCAUCCAAAACCGCCAGACCGCCUCACCCUCCAAUGCAAACAACCACGGCAGCCCGUAUGCCAACAACCCACAGAUGCAGCAGCCGUCACCGAGCCUUCCAUCGAAUACGCCACAACCGAUGAAUCCGGGGUCAGCGGGCCAGCCACAGGCUCAGCAGAAUAUGCAGGUACAAACGCCGGUGAAGACGCUCCCACAAUCCCCGGUCUCUCCGGUCGCGCAGGCUCGCGACAAGGAGCGCGUGACAACGUUGCUGGAAAUCAACACAUUACUGCUGAAAGAGGUGGUUGAGUUGCAGAACCAGGGGAAGGCCGGGCAGAUCGUUCCACCGCCGGCCGGGCAGGAGGUUAAGCCAGAAGACAAGCCCAAGCCCUCGAACGAAUAUAUCGAUUGCAUGCGCCGUCUUCAAUCGAACCUCGCCUUCCUUGCCCAAAACGCAGAAAGCAAUAAAAAGCCCAACCAGCCAAUCCAACCCGGACCCGCAAUCAUGACCGCGCCCUCUUCCCCCCCAGAGCUCAUCGAAAUGUACACAAGACUACAGGGCCUCUACCCCGGCUGGAAAGGCCAGCAAGGACAAAUGAAAGCCUCGCCCGGCCCGGGACGUUUGAACUCGACGUCCUCGAACGCAGGCAGCCUCAGCGGCAUGCAGCCGCCCAACAGCGCCGGUCUGCACAACAACAUGCAACCCCCAAACAGUGCAGGACUGCAGUCGAACAUGCAAUAA